AUGGCGUCGACGGUGGGAGUUCAAUCUCUAUACCAGGUUCCACACCUGGAAAUCUCCAAACCCAAUUCCAAGAAGAGGCUCGGUUGCUUAGCUCUGUCUCUGGAUAAGCCUUUCUUCACUCCCAUUUCUCUCCGAAGAACUCGUCUUAUCCACUCAUCUUCCUCUUCUCUUCUUAUCCCCUCCGCCGUCGCUACCCCUAAUUCCGUUCUCAGCGAGGAAGCUUUCAAGAGCCUCGGUCUCUCUGACCACGACGAAUACGACCUCGACGGCGCCGGUAGCAGCAGCGACAACUCCGACGAUGUUGAAGAGCUCGCUGUCUCAAAACUCGGUUUGCCUCAGCGUCUUGGUGAAGCUCUUGAGAAGCGCGGUAUCACUCAUCUCUUCCCAAUUCAGAGAGCUGUGUUGGUUCCUGCGCUGCAAGGACGUGACAUCAUAGCUCGUGCAAAGACGGGAACGGGAAAGACUUUAGCUUUCGGUAUCCCCAUCAUCAAAAGCCUCACUGAACAAGCUGGAGACUACACUGCUUUCAGGAGACCUGGUCGUCUUCCUAAGUUCCUUGUUCUUGCGCCGACGCGAGAGCUAGCUAAGCAAGUGGAGAAGGAGAUUAAGGAGUCUGCACCUUACUUGAGCACUGUUUGUGUAUACGGUGGUGUAUCUUAUACCAUUCAGCAAAGUGCUCUGACUCGUGGUGUUGAUGUUGUUGUUGGAACUCCUGGGAGAAUCAUUGACUUGAUCGAAGGGAGGAGUCUCAAAUUGGGAGAAGUUGAGUAUUUGGUGCUUGAUGAAGCUGACCAGAUGCUUGCUGUUGGGUUUGAGGAGGCCGUGGAAUCGAUUCUUGAGAAUCUCCCACAGAAGAGACAGAGCAUGCUUUUCUCUGCAACUAUGCCUACUUGGGUCAAGAAGUUGGCGAGGAAGUACCUUAACAACCCUUUGAAUAUCGAUCUGGUUGGGGAUCAAGAUGAGAAGCUCGCUGAGGGGAUCAAACUUUAUGCAAUCACAGCCACUUCGACAUCAAAGCGAACUAUUCUAAGCGACCUUAUAACAGUGUAUGCAAAGGGUGGCAAGACCAUUGUUUUCACUCAGACGAAAAGAGAUGCAGACGAGGUCUCUCUAGCAUUGUCAAACAUUUUACCAACCGAAGCACUUCACGGAGAUAUAUCUCAGCAUCAAAGAGAGAGAACACUCAAUGGUUUCCGCCAAGGGAAAUUUACAGUUCUAGUCGCCACUGAUGUUGCAUCUCGUGGACUUGACAUCCCUAACGUUGAUCUAGUUAUCCACUACGAACUUCCUAAUGACCCAGAGACUUUCGUGCAUCGUUCUGGUCGUACUGGGCGUGCAGGGAAAGAAGGCUCUGCCAUUCUCAUGCAUUCCGGCAGCCAAAAGAGAACAGUGAGAUCUCUGGAGCGUGACGUAGGCUGCAGAUUUGAAUUUAUCAGCCCACCAACCGUUGGAGACUUGUUGGAAGCGUCUGCAGACCAUGUGGUGGCCACUCUAAACGGUGUUCAUCCUGAGUCGAUAAAGUUUUUCUCAGCAACUGCUCAGAAACUAUAUGAGGAAAAGGGAACAGAUGCUUUAGCUGCAGCGCUAGCUCACCUUAGUGGUUUCUCUCAGCCACCUUCAUCAAGAUCUCUCCUCAGUCAUGAGCAGGGAUGGGUGACGUUGCAAUUGAUACGAGAUCCAACGAACUCUAGAGGCUUCCUGUCUGCGAGGUCUGUCACUGGUUUUCUUUCAGAUGUUUACCGUUCAGCUGCAGAUGAAGUUGGAAAAAUCUUCUUGAUCGCAGAUGAAAGGGUCCAAGGAGCUGUUUUUGAUCUACCAGAGGACAUCGCCAAACAGCUGCUAGAGAAAGAAGUGCCAGAAGGAAACAGUUUGUCCGUGAUAACAAAAUUGCCUCCGCUGCAAGAUGAUGGACCGUCAAGUGAUAACUAUGGACGGUUCUCCAGCAGAGACAGGAUGCCUAGAGGAGGAGGAGGUUCAAGAGGGUCAAGAUCUGGCGGUAGAGGAGGAUCAUCAAGAGGACGUGAUAGCUGGGGAGGUGAUGAUAACAGAGCAAGUAGAAGCAGCGGUGGUGGAGGAAGCAGCUGGUCCCGUGGUGGGGGUAGUUCCAGAGGAAGUUCUGAUGAUUGGUUGAUUGGUGGCGGUGAUAACAGAAGAUCUUCAAGCAGCAGAGCUCCUUCCCGAGAAAGGAGCUUUGGAGGUGCUUGCUUCAAUUGUGGAAGUUCAGGACACAGGGCAGCAGAUUGUCCUGACAAGAGAGGGUUUUAA